AUCAAGAAGACACUGAAAAUCCAGAGGGAUAAGAUCCGGAGGCGAAUAGGUUUAGACAUACAGAGAGAGAGAGCUUUCUGGGGUUCUGGUGGAGAGAUUCGAGUGUUUGGUGUAAUCUUCUUACUUGAAAGAGGGAUGGGUUGGGGUUGGGCGAUCUACGAAGGAGUGGUGGUGAUGGCGUCCCUCUGCCUUCUGGGAUGGGCAGGUCUUUGGUUCUUGAACCGAAGGCUCUACAAAGAGUACGAAGAGAAGAGGGUUUUGGUGCAGAUCAUAUUCAGCAUCGUGUUUGCGUUCUCCUGCAAUCUGCUCCAGCUCGUUCUCUUCGAAAUCAUCCCAAUACUCUCCAAAGAAGCAAGAUUGAUAAACUGGAAGGUUGAUCUGUUCUGUUUGAUAUUACUACUUGUUUUCAUGUUGCCUUAUUAUCAUUGCUACUUGAUGCUCUGCAACAGUGGUGUGAGGAAGGAGCGGGCUGCAUUGGGAGCCAUCUUAUUCUUGUUAGCAUUUCUCUAUGCUUUUUGGCGCAUGGGCAUUCACUUUCCUAUGCCCUCAGCUGAUAAAGGGUUUUUCAGCAUGCCUCAGUUGGUUAGUAGAAUUGGGGUUAUUGGAGUAACUGUCAUGGCUGUUCUAUCUGGAUUUGGAGCUGUAAAUUUGCCAUACAGUUAUUUAUCACUUUUCAUCAGAGAAAUUGAUGAAUCUGAGAUUAAAGCAUUGGAAAGACAACUAAUGCAAUCAAUUGAGACUUGUAUUGCAAAGAAAAAGAAAAUAAUUCUUUCUCAAAUGGAGAUGGAGCGAAUCCAAGGAUUGGAAGAGAAUUCAACAACCAGAUCUUUGUUUAAAAGGAUAGUUGGAACAGUAGUGCGUUCUGUGCAAGAUGACCAAAAGGAGCAAGAUAUUAAAAGCAUGGAAGCUGAGGUUCAAGCUUUAGAGGAGCUUUCAAAGCAGCUUUUCCUGGAUAUCUAUGAGAUGCGCCAAGCUAAGGAGGCUGCUGCAUAUUCUCGAACAUGGAGGGGUCAUAUGCAGAAUUUGCUUGGUUAUGCAGGUUCUGUGUAUUGUGUUUAUAAAAUGAUUAAGUCUUUGCAAAGUGUUGUUUUCAAGGAGGCUGGUUCAGUUGAUCCUGUGACAAUGUCAAUUACCAUUUUGUUGCAGUUCUUUGAUAUAGGGAUAGAUGCUGCAUUGCUAUCACAGUAUAUCUCCCUUCUAUUCAUUGGAAUCUUGAUUGUCAUAUCAGUACGGGGUUUCUUGAUGAAUCUAAUGAAGUUCUUCUUUGCAGUUUCUAGAGUUGGCAGUGGAUCAUCAAGCAAUGUUGUCCUUUUUCUCUCUGAAAUUAUGGGAAUGUACUUCGUGUCUUCAAUUCUCCUAAUAAGAAAAAGUUUAGCAAAUGAAUACAGGUCAAUAAUAACAAAUGUAUUGGGUGGAGAUAUUCAGUUUGACUUCUACCAUCGAUGGUUUGAUGCAAUAUUUGUAGCCAGUGCUUUCCUUUCUCUGCUUUUGCUUUCUGCACAUUAUACAUCUCGCCAGGCAGACAAACACCCCAUUGAUUGAUGUUUUCACUUGUGUGGAACAGAAAGCGUCAUUGUAUAAUUUUGAUAGGCUUUCAAAGCUAAAAGGUUGGAAGUACAUAUGUAGAGAGGAAAUGUGAACUCCUUGAGACUGGAUUAUCCUUUAUAUGACCAAUCAAAGAAUCCCCAUUGCCCACACCAAGGCGGUGAAAUAUGAUACCACCUAUAGUGAGGUUACAGCAUGUUGCAGUAUGUUCGGCGCAAUUUUAUUGUGUACCACUAUGUUAUGCAUGGUUAUUGAUGUAUAAGAAUUGGUUUAUCAAGUUCCAUAAAAAAUGCAUUCUUAAAUUUAUGGAUCACGUUCCAAUUCUUUCAACAUUGUAUUCUAACUUGGUCCAGCAUCUGAAAGCAAUUUAUCUGUUGCAAUAGUUGAAAGUGGGUUAAACACAGUUUUUUAUAAUGUGUUUCUGGCUUUCUAAAUGCUGAUUCAACUUUUGGAUGGGGACCAACAAACACAAUAACUAAUGAUAGACCCUUUUUCUCCAGCCAAAGAAAAAGAUAAUUUUGUCUAGGGCUGUCUGGUUGCUCUGUGAUGUCGGCCUGAUCCGGACCAAGGUGUUGAAUUAAGCCCUAGGGUCUCGAUAUAGGCAUGUGCUUUUUGCAGAAUGCGCUAGGGUCCCAAAUUGAUACUAACACUUGUCGAAAUGCAAUCCAUAAUAAAGAGAAAUUAUGGUG